CGUGAAGUCGUCCCCUGCCUAUUUCUCUCUCCUCCCUUGGACGCAGAGCCCUUGCCCCUUGGCUUGCCUUAUCACCAAUUCACCAUACAAGUCAGUCACUACUUCAUUUGUUUCGGUGCACUCUGCCUCUGUGCUGCUGCUUGCUGCCUUUGGUGGUCUCUGGUUUGGUCCUCUUCUUCCUUCCUGGAGCCCCUCUCCCCCUCCCUUCCUUAACACUGGGUUGGGUCAACUGUCUCUGCUCUUUCUUCUUCCCUGCUCUUUGUUGCUUCCACUGUUGCAGCUGUUCUUGGCAGGUCUCUCUGUUCCUGCAGUUGUUGCUGUUGCGGUUUCUAACUGUUCGUGUUUCUGUGAAUCUGUCAUACCGUCAUGUGGUAGGAUACAGCCAGAUAGGUGCCAAAACUUUGAGCUUUAUAGAUUCAGCUUCCCUGCUCUCUGUAAAUUUCUAAGCGAGUUCCGAGUUUCUCUUGGUAAAAGAAGCAGCUUUUGAGGCAGCUUGCAGUUUUCCUUGCUCUUGCUCUUGUGUUCUUCGAUUCUUUCCUUCAUCUAAUGGUGGAUCCGAGUUAGUUUGCUGCCAAAAGGAAAAGACCCCACUAGGAAAGAAAAGAUGAGAGCUUUGAGCAGACUAGGCGUCGGGCUCGCGGUGGUGUCUGCGCUGCUCCUGCUGGCUCUCACCGCCGAGCUCUACUACAUCUUCGUGCACAAGCGCCGGCUGCGUCGCCGCGCCGCUGCCAUCUCCCACGCAGCCUCGUCUCCCUCUUCCUCCUCCCGCGAGCUGCUCCAGCUCUUCUGCUUCAAGAAACCGCCCGCCCUUGCGUCCACCUACACGGUCCAGGAGCCGCACGCCGGCGACGCCACCGCCGUGGCCGUGGCCGUCGGCGAUGAAGAUGACGACGAGACGGUGGAGGCGCAGCUGAUGCGGCUGGGCAGCCUCGUCGGCCCGCCGCGGCUCCUGUUCACCAUCAAGGAGGAGACCAAGGAGGACCUCGAGUCCGAGGACGGCCGGAGCAGGCGCGGCAGGAGCCGGAGCCUCGGCGAGCUGCUACAUUGCUCCGAGACACCGUUCCUCACGCCGGCGUCCUCGCCGGUGCCAGUCGCGAUGGACAACUCCUACAACCCACUGUUCGAGUCCCCGUUGGCGAGCCCGGCCCCUGCCCCUGCCCCGGCGUUGUCGCCGCCGCCCAAGUUCCAGUUCCUCAAGGACGCGGAGGAGAAGAUGUACCGGCGAGCGCUGGCCGAGGAGGCGAUGAAGGCGCGGAGGUCGCCCUCGCCGCAGCCGCUGUCACCGGCGGCGGGCGAGGAGGACGGCGGGUAUAUCACGAUCGUGGUGGGGAAGAACAACCGGGUCAUUCCACUGCCGUCGCCGCCCGGCGGUGACCAUCAGUGAAUGAGCUCUUCAGAUGGAGGAUUUCAUUUAACUAGUUUGAUACUAUGCAGUGCUCUAGUGUAGCUCUUGUGUUGUAAACUUUUCUUAUUUUUUUUGGUUUGGUCUAUGGUCUUCUGAUCAUGCCGAAUUGAAUGAUUGGAUGUACAUAACAUCAAAAUGAUGAGGAAUUGAUAAUUUCGUAUCAAUAUGUUUUUGUUGGAUGUC